AUGGGAACGAAACAGCGGAAGGCCCUCCGCAAGAAGCAGGUAGGCUUGGCCAUGAAGCGCCUCAGUGCCAGUGACGACCGGGUGAAACCGGAGUCGAAGGCCAAAGCAGUCAUCAAGACGAAAAAGAAGAGGAAACCUCAGCAGGAAGAGGUCCGAGAAGUACCAAAGGCGAACUCCUCGUUGUUCUUCCAGUACAACAGCAAUUUGAAACCGCCGUACCAGCUGCUUUUGGACACAAACUUUCUCAACAUGUCCAUCCAGAUGAAGCUGGACAUCUUCAAAUCUGCCAUGGAAUGCCUGCUAGCGAAAUGCGUUCCUUGCAUCACUGAUUGUGUAAUGGCUGAGCUUGAGAAAAUGGGCACGCGACACAGGCUGGCUCUGCGCCUGGCGAAGGAUCCGCGCUUCAAAAGGUUGACUUGCCAGCACAAGGGCAUCUAUGCAGACGACUGUAUCCAUUCGCGCGUCGAGCAGCAUCGAUGCUACAUAGUUUGCACCAAUGACAAGGACUUGAAGCGAAGAAUACGAAAGGUUCCCGGAGUUCCGAUCAUGUCCGUUGCCCGUGGCAUGUACAAGGUCGAGCGCGUGCCGGAGCAAAUCGACCGUGUCCCCAUCAAGUCGAAUUGGGGCAAGGACAAGUGA